ACACACACACAGUACACCAUCUUCACACACUCAUUUCCUCCUCAAGUGCAUUCUCCCUCAGACCCUCCACAUCUCAGGUUAGAGGAGUCUUUACCUGUCGGGAAUGAUGAGUCUAUUAUGGGUGCCACUGUGUCUCAUCUUGCAUGGGGCAAAUGCCUUCAUGAUCCACAACACCGUCGAGAGCCUCUGUCUCCAGGACUCCCCGGCCGGCAAAGCUGUCACUCUCCGAAAGUGUAACCUUGACAACGACCUCCAGCAGUGGGUGUGGCGGGAGCAGCGCUUCUUGCGGAACGUCGGAACGCAGCGGUGCCUCUCGGCGUUCCACGCGCGUCCGGUUCUCUCCGUGGAAUGUGACGGCGGGGAGUACCUGGAGUGGAGCUGUGAGAACCACCGGCUCCUCAGCCUGAACCGCAGCCUGGAGCUGAGUGCGGAGAAGGGCCGAGUCAGGCUCACCCCUGGGGGCCCCAACUCCAGGUGGAAGUCCCCGGAUCUGGGAGACAUCUGCCAGGAGAGGCUCAGAUCCAAAAGGGCAUCGAAUGAGUUUGAGGAAGAGUUUGAGGAGAGCAAGCCCGCCGAGAGCACCAUGAACGAGGAGCAGAGGGAGUUUCUCAAGUGGUUCUACCGCACCGAAGACCAGAGUAAGUGGACGCUGGCUCUGCUGGGUCUGGCGUUCGCUGCUCUGCUGCUGGGCUGCAUCCUGCUGGUCACGGGCAUGAUGGGCAACAGGAGCAGGAAGAAGAUAGCGAAGUACAAGGCGGUGGCGCUGGCUCUGAGGCCUCAGAUGGAGGAGCUACAGGUCAUCACCGUGGAGACGGCGUCCCGCAGAAGGUCCUCCGCCGCCACCGAGAACGGCCAGCUCAAGCCAGGUGACAUCGAGGUCACCUGGAGGGACGGGACAGUGAGCAGCCUCUACGCCGAGAGAGGAGGGGAGGCCGAUGGGGGGGAGGCGGAGGAGGAGGUGAAGCAGGAGGAGGUGAAGCAGGAGGAGGUGAAGGAGGAAGAGCAGGCGGUGCUGGUGGAGGAGGAAGAGGAGGAGGAGGUGCAGGCCCAUGUGGAGGUGGAGGGGAAUGUGGAGGAAAACUGAGGCACUGGUCUGAAAGGUGAUGUCACACACACACACACACACACACACACACACACCUGGAUGUCGUCACACACCUGUGCAGUUGAGCAUCAUCUCAUCUCUUUUUUUACGACAAAAUCCAGAGGCCUGCGUAGCUGGACUUCAGAAGAGAGGGUGACCCCUCCAAAGAGACUCAUACGAUAGCUGGACUUCAGAAGAAAGGGUGACCCCUCUAAAGAGACUCACACGACACCUCACAGAUCUCAUGUCAAAUCAACCACACUUGUAGAUGCAAACUUGAAAGCGCAGAAUCCUAAAUGUGUGCGUGUGUGCCUUCUUGCGUGCGUAUGAGUGUGGUGUGUGUGUGUGUGUGUGUGUGUAGUAUGUGUGUGCACGUGUAUGUGCAUGUGCAUGUGCAUGUGUUUUCUGUUAAAUGUGACUGUAAACUAAAGGUUGAUGUAUUAUUCUCUAACGUGAUGAGGGUUUGUUCAUUUACCCACAGCACCAUUCUGAAACUUUAACACAUGUUGUUAGCCAACACAGAACCAAUAAAGAGUCUGGAGCUCA